GGCAUCCUGAAUGAUGCUUACAUCAAGCCUGCCGGGACCAUGCUCGGAGUCCGCAGGAGUGGUUGCCACGCACAUGCUUUAUCCUUACUCGGCAGUCUGUGGACGACGGAUGACAACAGGCACGCCUCUGGCUUCUGGGCUUGUUGGGUGGAGGCGACUUUCGUCUUCUUCUCGAGCUUCUUCCACCGCGGAUCGUCGUCAGCAAAGUACAUUCCUCGACAAAUUUCUGGAUUUUUGUGCUUUGCUGUCGUGAUGUUAACGACAGCCAAACAUUUAUCAGCAUUGACAAUGUACGCAUUCUGACCGUGCAAUGUGCGAAGCCAGAGAAGGUCUGGCACCUGGGCGCUUAUUGAAGGCGCUUAAAGUGUACAAGGUUACGUUGUGGCUCUCCUGCGAUCCGCUUGAUUGCCUCCUUGCACG